UGACACUUUCAUACAAACACACACACACACACACACACACACACACACCCACACUCACACACACACACUCACACACACACACACACACACACACACACACACACACACACACACACACACACACACACACACACACACACACACCAACUAUGAGUAUCCGUGCAGUUCGUUCCCCAUCCCCACCUGAUGACGACCCAUCUGCACCCCCUCGCAUCAACACUCCCCCACGCAGACUUCAGGAGAGGCGGGGCUCCAGCUUAUCACUGCUGCUGGAUGUGAGCAGCUUGGGGGUGGAGCCUGUGUGUUCUGUCUCCACCCCCAAAGAGGUGUGGCUUCAGCUGUUGCACGCCUCCUCCCGACCACUCACACACACACAGCUACAGCAGGCUGCAAUGGACACACACGCACUGAAUGUAGAGUACCAGAAGAUUCCUCCUAAUUUUGUGAGUGCUGUUGAGCUGGAUGUACCAGGACAUGCAGUCAAAGACAGAUACAAAACUAUCCUACCAAACCCUGAGAGCCGUGUCGUCCUGGAGAACCCGGAGGAUGAGGAGGGGCCAGACCGCUACAUCAACGCCAACUACAUCCGGGGUUACAAAGGGGCAUGCAGGGCGUAUAUCGCCACCCAGGGGCCGAUGCUGCACACUGUCUCUGAUUUCUGGGACAUGGUGUGGCAAGAGAGGAGCAGCAUCAUCGUCAUGAUUACCAGACUCAAGGAGAACAAUGAGAAAUGUGAACUGUACUGGCCCACUCUGAGAGUCUGGAGGGAGGUGAAGGAGGAGGAGGGGGAGGAUGAAGGGGCGACAAGAAGAUUCGGCAGGUUUCUCCUCAGAGUGAGAAACAGCAGUGAGAGAGACGGGUUUACUGUCACUGACAUGGAGAUACAGCUGUCCUCAGAGCAUCGUCUCAUCAGACACUUCUGGUUCACUUCCUGGCCCGACCACCAAAUCCCACAAUGCACCUCUCCUCUGCUGAGACUGGUGGACGAGGUGGAGACCUAUAGGAAGUCCCUCCUAGAGCCCAGUUCCCAACCAAUCCCAGCUCUUGUGCCGAGCCCUGGACCAAUCAUUGUGCACUGCAGUGCAGGUAUUGGGAGAACAGGUUGUUUCAUAGCCAGCACUAUCGGCUGCCAACAACUCAGAGACACUGGACAGGUAGACAUCCUGGAGAUUGUCUGCCAGCUACGACUGGACAGAGGUGGUAUGAUCCAGACCCCUGAGCAGUACCACUUCCUCUACACCACACUGGCCCAGUACAGGCUCCAGUCCCAACACCAUGACCAGCAGGACCCAGACAGCCUGGACCAAGACCUGUCUGACCCACAGAACCCGAACCAGAGAAGGACGCAGACACCAGGAAGAGCAGACAGACUGGUCCAGCUCGGCUCUCACCUCCACAACCUCCGGCUGGAUCCACAGAACACACCGCAGGAACCGAGGAACCAGAAGAACCGCUGUCAGGGCAGGGACACAUGAGAGAAGACAAGAGAUGGCAGAACAUGGUCCGGUGUCACAGAUGUAUUAAAGACCAGCAGCUUCCCUUUCACUGCUGUUAGAGAAUAUUUCAACACAAUGGAUCUUUGUCAUGUCAGCAGUUGUGGGUCAGAACGGGCUUGUACUGAGUAAAGAGAGAAGGAGGGAAGCAGCGUCUGGGUGUAACAAGUCUCCUCCACGUUCCUCUGACAGCCAGCAGAACCCGAACUGGGUCCUGUCUCUUUUCUCCACAAAUAAACCCGGCCUGGACACUGCCGCAACUCAGGAAAGACUUCCUGGACUGGUAUUUUCCCAUCAUGCUUUGCUACCUCAGAUAUGGCGAUAAGCAAGAGUGGUGGAGUGACUCCUUUGCUCCUGUUGAUGGGUGACUUGUAUCGGUAUCAUCAGAUACGUCGCGAGGCUGGAUCAUCUGAGGUUUAUUUGAAUCAGUGUACUCAAGGAAUUUGUUUGCAUAGGAGUUUGUUUUUAUUUCUAUGGCGAUUUGUUUUUUUAAAAGCCCAUCAGAUGUGUUGCUGAUGAUGAAUUGCAGGUGAACUGUGUGUGUGUGUGUGUGUGUGUGUGUGUGUGUGUGUGUGUGUGUGUGUGUGUGUGUGUGUGAGAGAUAAAAGAAAAGCAAAGUAGAGUGAAUAUGUGAUGGUUUAUUUACACGCUCACCUGCAGGCUGGCAGUCAGAUGACUGUUUACCACCGUGACGUACCUCCCCAUAUCGGAUCCCUGAUCUUCACCAACAUGAGCCAACACAUUAUGAAAAGAGACAGAAAUAUUCCCCAGCAGGCCGUGGGACACGACUGAAAUACAGUCAUUAGUAGGCAGCUACGGAAGGACGCGUCUUAAAGGACAGCUCAUCACAUCCUGCCUUUAGACAUGUCACAGUGGGUCCACUUAAUGCACAAUAAGACACAGAGGGGGAUCAGAACCGCCUCAGAUUGGUUAUUACACUUAUCUCAACAACUUCUCACAAAACACGUGUUCAGUGAGGUUUGUUGAAGCAGUGCUUUGAAUAGGCAGUACGUAGCGUUGGAGAACACAAGUCUGAAACAUCUGAAACGAGUUUUCUGUAAGCUGCAGAGACUCUGCAGUCUUCUCUACUUCCUCUCUUGUACUGAAUGGUGGACUUUCUGUCAAGAAUGCAACAUAUCCACUUGGAAAAAUCUGAAAUUCACCAGUUAAUAUCUUAGAGAGCAAUUUUAUCCCUGAAAACCAUUUUAUGUAAGCAAAGGACACAAGGACAGCUCAGAUGGCUGACAUCUCUAAAUGGAAUUAAAGUCUUCAACACA